AUGGCCGCAAAAUUUCAUCUGAUAGUAAUCACAAUCACUACAAUCGUUGUGCAACGCGUGCACCAAGCCAUCUGUGACAGUGACAACCAGUAUACCCUGAACAAUGGCGGGUUUCUGUUUUCCAUGCCGAGAGUCCUGGUGUCAGGCAGAAAUGAGUCGGUUUGUAUUUCUUUACACGAGGUGGCUAUCCCCGCCAGGGUUGCUAUCAAUCUGAAAUGGAAAGAGAAACAUUAUCCGACGAUGAGACAUCUGGAAACAGAACACAGUUGUUUUGAACUUUAUGUCCCCCGCUUGGAAAUAAAAGAACCUACUUUGGUCAAUGUAAAAGUCCAAGUACACUCUUCCAGUGGUUCUAUACAGUCUGCCCAUAAUCAAGAUCCUAUUCAAAUGUAUGCGAAUGAAGUCAUCAAGACAUUCAUAGAUACAGACAGAGGAACGUAUAAACCCGGAGACAAAGUCAGAUUCAGGGUACUGGUACUCAACGACAGACUCCUUCCAAUCAGCACAAAGAUUGAAAAAAUACAAAUAAUCAAUCCUCUGGAUGUAACUGUGGCUCAAUGGGAAGAUGUCAUUCUUGAGAAUGGUCUAGUCAGCUUGGUUUACGAAAUGGUCUCGGAAAGUUUAGUGGGAAAAUGGAAAAUAGAAACUCUCGGGGAAUUGAAAAGUUUUGAAGUCUCUAAGUAUACUCUCCCCCGUUAUAAGAUAUAUCUAUUUCAUCCAGAAAUGAUUUACUACAAAGAACCAUCUUUCAUAGUGAACGUUUGUGCAGAAUAUUCCUAUGGGAAAAAAGUAGAGGGCUUGGCAUUUAUCAAGAUAUUUGAUUCCCAUGGUAAAUUGCAUCCUAUCCAUAAACUCAAAGAGAUGCAGAAUGGUUGCAGUGAAUUCUUGAUAACAAACGAGGAACUAGAAUUGUAUAAAAUCAAAGAAAAACUAUCAUCAGAUAAUCAAGGAAUCGUUCUCCAUAUAACAGCAACUGUGAAUGAAAGAGGGACGAACAGAAUAGAACUGACAACCGCAAAAAUCUCGUUGAAUAAUGAAGCCUACACAAUGAAAUUCAAAAGUGACUCAAUGUUCUUACCUGGUCUUCCAUACAACGGGAAACUGGAAUUUCAUAACAUAAACGUUGCUUUGGAAAAAGAAGUAGUGGAAAUUUGUUAUACCUUAGCUAUAAAAAAAAGCUGGAACUACACCAAUGAUGAAGUUUGCUCAAAUUUCACUAUAGGAAAUAAAACCGUUUUAACCUUCAAUGUGUUACCGAUGAAGAAUGAUGUGAUCCACAUGAAUUUCAAUGCCAGAUCCUUGAAUCAUUCCAAUAUUGAAGAUAGUUUCCUAGCGAUGCGUCUCUACUCAGCAAGCAACAUUCAUAUUCAUAUACAACGGAAUGUUUUGGAAAAAGCUAAAAAUGAAUGUAGAGCUUCUCAACAGUUUGAAAUCACUCUCACCACGAACUCUUUCAGGAAUAAUGAGAAUAUUACAUUAUAUUACUUGGUCAAGAGUUCUUCCCAUAUCUACAAGAUGAGGAAGAUCAAGCACCAAGUGAAGAAACAAAGUACAGAGUACAUAAGUGAUUUGAAAAAUAUCAUAAAUGAUACUAAUGUGUACUCGAUGGUAUCCAUAUAUGAUAAAAUUGUUAUCAAAUUCAAACUCGAUAAAAAGAUCAUUUCCAAUUACCAACUACUGGUUUAUUAUGUUACCAAGACCGGUGAAACAAUUGCUGCUACCAAAAGUGUUGAUGUCGAUCCUUGCUUGAUGAAAGUUGAAGCCAAAUGGACUCAAAAUAGAAUCGUACCAGGUUCAACUGCUGAUCUGAACAUUGAAACUGGAGUUCCAGCAUUGUGUUCAGUUUCAUCAAUAGAUAAGUCUUCCAAGUUUUUGUCCUCGCAUCAUCGAAUGAUCGAUAAAUCUAGUCUAUUGAAAGCUUUCAUUUGGAAAAAUAGAGAAACAGCACCAUCAUCAAGAAGAACUUGUUUAACACCAGAGAAAAAGAAACCCAAAGCUGUUCCUCAAUUUUUUGCAUCGGGAUUGACACAAGAGGAAUAUAGGGAAAAGCGACAUACAUACUCGUUUUCAGAAGAUUUUGACGCCCACGACGUUUUGAAGAGUUUCGGAUCUGUGGUCAUAACCAACACGAAAAUCGUAACCAAGGCAUGUUAUACAGGUCCAAAAAUAGAACAACCUAAUCAAGUCCAGUUCAUGAUCGAUCAGUAUGAACCACCAUCUGAAUCCCAAGCUGUUUCAGUAAGAUCUAAUUUUCCUGAAACAUGGCUUUGGGAAUUAGUACCAGUUAGUGGAUUGGUGCAAUUGAAGAGGCAUUUGCCUCAUGCAAUAACUAGUUGGGUAACGAACGUAUUGUGUAUCUCAGAUGUAGCUGGCAUAGGUAUAGCAAAUGAAACUGAAAUCACCAGUUUCCAAUCGUUUUUUGUUGAAAUUCUUGCCCCAUACACAGUGAAACAAGAAGAAACUUUCUAUUUGUAUGUGCAUAUUUCCAACUACUGGAGUCAUCAAUUUCCGAUUAGGAUAUCACUUCAUUUGUCCACCGGUUUGGUACUGAGCAACAAAGAUGACAAACUGGCUGUGUCCUUCUGUUUACCAGAAAAUAGUACUGCGAGCCAAAAAUUCCAGCUGAAAGCAACUGUUAUUGGGACCGUUAAUAUCAGCGUUAUUGCCAAAACAGAUCGACACUAUCCCCUCACCUGUGGACCGGAAACUAUCAUAUCGAGAAGGGAUACCGUGCUGAAAUCGAUUAUAGUUGAACCAGAAGGGUACCAGAUGAAGGAAACCAAAUCUGCAUUACUAUGCUCAUUGGAGGGCACCAACUCGACGAACAUUUCAUGGAAUAUUCAGGUACCACAGGAUAUUGUUCCUGAUACCUACAAAUCACAUCUGAGUUUGAAUGGAGAUCUAUUAGGAAAACCACUGGAGAAUCUGGGAGAUCUUCUUGACGUGCCAAUGGGCUGUGGGGAACAAAUCAUGGCUUCAGUGGCACCUAAUUUAUAUAUCUUGAGGUAUUUGAACUCUACCAAUAUCUUGAAGAAGUCAACCCACCAGAGAAUAUUGCGAAACCUCAAAAUAGGUUAUCAAAAAAUUCUGAAUUACGUUCACAAAGAUGGUUCAUUCUCGGCAUUCGGUUACCACGAUCCCAUGGGUUCGAUGUUUCUAACCACUUUCGUCGUAAAAAUUCUACAAGAAGCCAAAAUGUAUAUUUAUGUCAAUCAGAGGGUUAUCGAUAGGGCUGUCAUCUGGAUUUUCGAAAACCAACUCGAGAAUGGAUGUUUCAAUACGAUGUUACAUGUUUUUCAAGAUAUGGGUGGUACUAGUCGAGAAAACAGUACAGCUGGAUUGACGUCAUACGUUAUUCUUAGUCUCUUAGAAUCAAAUAUAGAAGUUCCCGAACUUGUCAUAACCAAUGCCAAGUAUUGUUUGAGGGGUCAACAUAAUCCAGAUAAAUAUAGCAUGGCCAUCACUUGCUACGCCAUGUUCAAGAUGGAAUGGUACCAUGAAGCAAACAAAGUACUCGACAAACUCAUAGCUGUCGCUGAUCAGCAGCACAAUAUGAUGUGGUGGUCCAUUAAGAGAAACACUUCUACAGCAUCCGAUAUCGAAACUACAAGCUAUGUAUUACUCUCUCUCCUAUAUCAGAAUACAUCAGAAAAUCUGGCUAGGGCACUAUCUGUGGUGAAAUGGUUAUCGUCCAAAAUAGAAGCUAAGGGAAGUUUCAAAUCGACACAGGAUACAGUUGUAGCUUUAGAUGCACUAUCAAGGUACUCGCGAUUGAUACAAACAAACAACCUGAACAUGAGGAUACAUAUUGAGACUGAGUAUGGUGAACAAAAUCUUACAAUUACGAAUAGCGAUAGCUUGAAGUCCAAAAGAAUCACCCUGAAACCCACAACUGGUGAACUUGAUGUGAAUGUUUAUGGAAAUGGUUGUGUACUAGUUCAGAUCACCCAAUCGUAUUACCUUCGUCAAAUUGCGAGAAGUGAAGCCUUCAAACUAGCUGUAGAUGUUUCCCCUGUUUCUACAAUAGAUCAGUGCUCUGUCACUAGUUUAUCUCCCUGCUUGGCUUACACAGGGCCAGAUAAAGUAUCCAACAUGGCUGUUAUGGAAAUUUCAUUGCCCAGUGGCUAUCAAGCAGAUAGAGCUUCUUUAUACAGUUUGGUGAAUCCAGAUACACUAUCAGGAAUCAAGAUGUUCGAAGAAGAUAUCGACAAAGUCAAUUUAUAUUUCACGAAGCUGGACAAGAAACUGCUCUGUUUUUCGUUCAAUAUUAAUGAGAACUACGAAGUGAAUGAUAGAAAAGAAUCGUUGGUGAAACUAUAUGAUUACUAUAAUCCGGAAAAUCAAAUUAAACAAAUGUAUGCGAUGGUCAAUAAUUGCAGCUAUGGAAAUAUCUCUCAAAUACCUGAUAUAUCGAAAAUCCUGGCUAGAUAGAUUCCUGAUCUGA